AUGUCGCUGCUGUACCGGUUCGCGAAGCUGCACGACCGCGCCAACACGCACGUGUUCACGUUCGUCGUGACGAGGUCUGUGACGCGCGAUCUGGAGCGCGACGUGACGAGCAAGCAGUUCGCGUGCGGCUACCAGCGCUGGGCCAUCACCUUCUCGCGCACCGACAAGGUGCUCGGCGUCUACCUGGUGUGGCGCAACCCGGCGGAGGGCAUGCGCGUCUACGUCGACUUCACCUUCACGCUGCUCAACCGCGAGCACUUCAGCGUCAACGAGGCCUUCUCCGGAAAACAGGUGAAGUUCACGUUCGACUCGCCGGCGCAGGGCAACCGCAACUACAUCCCAGUGAGCGACCUGUACAGCCGCAACUUCACCGACACGAACGGCGAGUUCCAGCUGGAGCUGACCAUGGGCAACCUGCGCACCGCCUUCGACGCCGAGUUCCGCGUGCCGCAGUCGGUGUGGUCUUCGCUACCGCUGCACCCGCACCGCCACCAUCGGCACAGCCACAGCUCCGCCGCCUCCGGGGGCGGCUCCUCGUCCACCUCGCACGGCCGCUCGGGACCCGCCUCCUCCGCCCCCGCUUCCACCGCCACGUCACCCACGCCCGUCGUCACCACCGGCACCGCCCACAAGCUCGAGUCCACCUACUUCACGUUCGGUGGCUUCGACUGGAACCUCGCCCUGUACCCGCACGGUGCAAAGGAGAUCGGCAGCGGCUCGGAGAACCGCGUGUCGGUGUACCUGAACCGGCUGACGGGCUUCGACCACCGGUGCCGCGUGCGCUACAGCGUCAGCCUGGGCGACGCCGAGCGGCGCCUGGACUCCGGCCUCCUUGACGACGUCUCCGACUCGGACGGCAAGGGCUACGGCUGGCACCCGCGCGCGCGCUUCUCCGACCUCGUCUACAAGGGGCUAGUGCGGCUGCACCUGGAGCUGCUGGCGGCGAACACUGUGAGCGAGGUGGCGGUCGCCUCGGCGCCACCCCACCCUACAGCGCCACCGCCAGCAGCUCUGCUGCCCGCCGCCCCCGCGACGCCGGUGCUGCCGCAGCCCGUGGUCGCGCAGUGCUACGACCGCGACAAGCAAGCCUGGACCAUCAAGAGCGACUGCCACGCCGAGACCGUCCGUCUGCACAUGGUCUACAAGGACAUCCACAACGUGCCCCGCAACCACCUCAGGUAUGGCCUGCUUUUCUAA